UUAAGUUUCGUGGUACAACAUAGUUUGUGUAAACAAUAUUCGAAACACUUUUUAUGAAAAAACGCAGUGUAACAUAAGCUUAUAAGUGGUCAACUAAAGAUAACAGGGCAAUAGAAUAGAUUUCCCAAUUGAUGGUAUGGCUACCAACUGCUCCCAUUUGCGACAACGCCAGUUUCUGCGGUAUGGCGGUAGCUUGCAGGAGCUACGUGAACAGCUACAUCAGGAAAUUGAAAACAAGGCAAAGUGUUGUUCUAAUCCAACUCAUGCUUGCUCACUACCGCGUGUAGACGACAGCGAGUAUUGUAUGCGUCACAUUUUACGUGAUCCGCGUGGACAUUUCCGCCAAUGCAGCUAUAUCUAUAGAAAUGGACGAAAAUGCCAGAAUGCGUUACAGAAGCAUGACCUUAAAAAAGAUCCAGCCUUGACGACUCUUUGCUUUGAACACAAUCGUCAAGCGCAGCUACAAAAAACACAUACUUCUGUGGGCAAGUUAAAGCGCACAGAUACAAAUGAAGCAUUGUUGAAUAGUUUGGCACAUCACAUUAAAGUGGAAGGUACUCGUAGGGAGGAAGAUGCUAGUGAACAGGAAGAGGAAAUUGACGUAGUGUCACCGCAUAUAACGCCCUUUGUCGCUCACGAACAGAUAAAUAGCCUGGAAUCAAUAGUAUCCACGAUACACAAGAGACGACGCAUUUUGGAUUACGCUUCAGACAGCUCAAGCGGCAAUGAUAGUCUACCCAACAUUAACAACACGCUACGUGGUUAUGAAUUCCAAGAAUCUGACGAUGACAGCAUAGAUUCACAGGGUGAAGAUGCACUCAAACACGCUGGCAUUUACACGCGUGAAGAGGCAAUACGUAUCUCGGAAGCAAAACUUACAAAAUUACAGGGUCUAUAUAUUGACCAAAUAAAUCACUUGCAUCAUAUACUCAAAGAACGUCGUCGACGUUAUUUAAUCGCCUUACGCAAGGAACGUGAAAUGCUUUGUAGUAUCCACGAUCAGCUAAAGGACUCGCCGAAGGAACGUGUGCUAUACAAACAGCUGAAGGCACUAAAUACUUAUCAUCGUCGAUAUGGCGUUGAAGCAGUACUCUAUAAGAAAUUUAAAGAAAAACGAUCUCGCUCAUCCGAUGGCUAUGGACACAAAGCUACAAAUUUUAACAAAUGUGCCUUCACUGAAGGUGGUGUAAAGUGUGGUGAACGAGCAAUGCCUUGUUGCAAAUUUUGCCGCAAACAUAUUUUGGAUGAUAAAAAGCAAAUACUUUUCCGUGCCUGUGAAGUGGAGAAAAGCGGCGUUGUAUGUCAGGAACCAGUGCCGUGCAUCUUUGAAGAUUCCGCAAAGUGUGUCUUGCAUUCGACCAUACCGACGCGACAUCAAUAUAUUCAGAAGAAAUACGAAUCGGAAACUGAAGAGGAUGAUGAUGUGAAGCAGGUGUGUUGUGAUGACAAAACACCAGUGGUAGAGAUUGCAAAAUCUGAGAGUGAACCUACUGCAUCGCCGGGUAGGAAUAUCACAAUCUCGCAUGAUAGUGACGGCACUGCUGCAGCAUCAAAAACGCGUAAAUAGAUUACUACGCGUAAGGAUACAUUACUACAAAAAACAA